AUGUCGAAGCUAUCAGAACCACUGAAGCAAUUCAUCAACGCCGCCCACGCCCGCCCUAACACCGUCCCAGCACCCAAGAACGUCGCCUCAAUCUACGAGCGGAUCGCCUUUGAUGCCGCGUCCAAGAAGGUCGGAUUGCCAGUAUGGCUUUCUGCUUCGACCGCAGCAACAAUGACCAUGAACUCCCCAGAAUCAAUGCUAGCCCUCUACAACCUCGCCACAUCCCCCACCCACACCUCCUCCAAAUACCCCAACCAACCCCUCUACGCCGCCGAACUGAUGCGCGAAAUCGGCCUGAAAUGCAUCGGUUUCAACGGUGUGCCCCGUACCAUCAACGUCCUCGGUGCAUUCUACUCCAGUCUUCCUGCAGAAAUCCAGUCCCAACUAGCCCAACGAAAACCGCGCCGACACCUCUCCAAAUCCAACAUCGAGGACGUCCUAGCCCGGGGCGAUGGGUUGUGGGACAGUAUUUACCACCCUUUCUCACAUAAAUUGAGUAAGAAACUAGCGCAAUCGCAUCCUGACUUACCGGUGCACAUUAUCGAGUCAGAAUACGGAUGUCUCUUCUCAGAUCCGCCGGGUGCUGCGGGUGAGGGGAUUCCGAAUGUGGGGAGGGUGCUCACGUCUGUGAUUGCGGUGGCGUGCUUGAGGGCGCAGAGUGGGGUGGGGCCGCAGGUUGUUAGUCAUGUGUUUGGGCUCAGAAAGGCGUUUGAGGAUGGGAGUGCGGAAGGGGAGGAGGAGGUGCCCGGGGGAAGGUGGGUGGCGGGGAAUGAGGGGAGUUUGUGGUUGUUGGAGCAGGUGGAUAGGAUUGUGUAUGGGCUUGGGGAGGGGAGGGGGACGACGUAUGCGCCGGGUUUCGAGAGUGCGCCGAAGGCGAAGCUUUGA